GCGCGCGUGUGCCGCGCGGUGGGGAGCAGCGGAUCGCGCCGCCGGCUGUCAGCUAGCUCGGCGCCACCGCCCGAUGGCUCGUGGAGGCGCGCGAGCCCAGCCCCGGGGGGCAGCCCCCGGCCGCGGGUGAGCCCCUCUGUCGCCUGCGAGCAUGUCACCUCCAGACGCCGCGGUAGCCUCCGCCAGCAGUGCCCGCGUCCCCGCCUCUCGCAGUCUUAGCCGCUGCCUGGGGCAUCGGCCCCCGGACACCCGCCCCUGAUCCACGCCUGGACCCGCUCGCCGGAGGACCAUGGCCGCCCAGGGGGACUGUUGCGUCAAGGUGGCCGUCAGGAUUCGGCCCCAGCUUUCGAAGGAGAAGAUUGAGGGCUGUCACAUCUGUACCUCCGUCACCCCGGGGGAGCCCCAGGUCCUGCUGGGGAAGGACAAGGCCUUCACCUACGACUUUGUCUUCGACUUGGAUACCUGGCAGGAACAAAUCUAUUCGACCUGUGUGAACAAGCUCAUCGAGGGCUGCUUCGAGGGCUACAAUGCCACAGUGCUGGCCUAUGGGCAGACGGGGGCCGGGAAGACAUACACCAUGGGCACUGGCUUCGACAUGUCGACGUCCGAGGAUGAGCAAGGCAUCAUUCCGAGGGCCAUUGCCCACCUCUUUGCGGGCAUCGCCGAGCGCAAGCAGCGGGCACAGGAGCAGGGCCUGACUGGGCCUGAGUUCAAAGUCAGCGCUCAGUUCCUGGAGCUCUACAACGAAGAGAUCCUGGACCUGUUUGACAGCACUCGAGACCCGGAUGCCCGCCACCGCAGGUCCAACAUCAAGAUCCACGAGGAUGCCAACGGCGGCAUCUACACCACAGGUGUCACCUCCCGCCUCAUCAGCACACAGGAGGAGCUGAUCCAGAGCCUGAAGCAGGGGGCACUGUCGCGCACCACGGCCAGCACCCAGAUGAACGUGCAGAGCUCCCGCUCCCACGCCAUCUUCACCAUCCACCUGUGCCAGAUGCGCCUGUGCUCGCAGCCCGACCUGGUGAGCAAGCCGCCCGUGGACCGGCGGGGCCCAGCGUGGGCAAGGUCCUCAGCCCUGGCCCCAUCUUCACAAGCUUAUUAUUUCUUCAGCAAGUGGGGCUCUGCCCCUGCCCUGAGGCCCUGUGCCUGUCCGGCUCUGCCUCCACAGCUCUCCCUGGGCAACGUGAUCAGCGCUUUGGGGGACCAGAGCAAGAGGGUGGUGCACGUGCCCUACAGGGACUCCAAGCUCACCCGACUCCUCCAGGACUCGCUGGGGGGCAACAGCCAGACCAUCAUGAUUGCCUGUGUGAGCCCCUCUGACCGGGACUUCAUGGAGACGCUCAACACGCUGAAAUACGCCAACCGGGCCCGCAACAUCAAGAACAAGGUGGUGGUGAACCAGGAUAAGACCAGCCAGCAGAUCAGCGCCCUGCGGGCUGAGAUCGCACGCCUGCAGAUGGAACUGAUGGAGUACAAAGCGGGCAAGCGAGUCAUUGGGGAGGAUGGAGUUGAGGGCUACAGUGACCUGUUCCGGGAGAACGCCAUGCUGCAGAAGGAGAAUGGGACGCUGCGGCUACGGGUCAAGGCCAUGCAGGAGGCCAUCGAUGCCAUCAACAACCGUGUCACCCAUCUCAUGAGCCAGGAGGCCAACCUGCUCCUGGCCAAGGCCGGUGACGGCAAUGAGGCCAUCGGAGCUCUGAUCCAGAACUAUAUCCGCGAGAUCGAGGAGCUGCGGACGAAGCUCCUGGAGAGUGAGGCCAUGAAUGAGUCUCUCCGCCGCAACCUCUCCCGGGCCUCCGCUCGCAGCCCCUACUCCCUGAGCGCAUCCCCUGCUACCCCGAGCUUCGCAGCCAGCCCGGCCAGCAUGGAGGAUGCCACAGAGGUGAUCCGCAAGGCCAAGCAGGACCUGGAGCGGCUAAAGAAGAGGGAGAGCAGGCAGCGCAGAAAGAGCCCAGAGAAGGAUGCCUUCAAAAAGAGCGCAAAACUCCAACAGGAAAACAGCGAGGAGACGGACGACAAUGAGGCCGAGGAGGAGGAAGAGGACCGGGAUGAAAGCGGCUGCGAGGAGGAGGAGGGCCGAGAGGACGAAGACGAGGACUCGGGCAGCGAGGAGAGCCUGGUGGACUCGGACUCAGACCCCGAGGAGAAGGAGGUGAACUUCCAGGCGGACCUGGCUGACCUGACGUGCGAGAUCGAGAUCAAGCAGAAGCUGAUUGACGAGCUGGAGAACAGCCAGCGACGGCUGCAGACGCUGAAACACCAGUACGAGGAGAAGCUGAUCCUGCUGCAGAACAAGAUCCGAGACACACAGCUAGAGCGGGACCGCGUGCUGCAGAAUCUCAGCACUAUGGAGUGCUACACGGAGGAGAAGGCCAACAAGAUCAAGGCCGAUUACGAGAAGCGGUUACGGGAGAUGAACCGCGACCUGCAGAAGCUGCAGGCUGCGCAGAAGGAGCACGCAAGGCUGCUCAAGAACCAGUCUCGAUACGAGCGAGAGCUGAAGAAGCUGCAGGCUGAGGUGGCCGAGAUGAAGAAGGCCAAGGUGGCCCUGAUGAAGCAGAUGCGUGAGGAGCAGCAGCGGCGGCGGCUGGUGGAGACCAAGAGGAACCGAGAGAUCGCGCAGCUCAGGAAAGAGCAGCGGCGGCAGGAGUUUCAGAUCCGAGCUCUGGAGUCCCAGAAGCGGCAACAGGAAAUAGUCCUGAGGAGGAAGACCCAGGAGGUGUCUGCGCUGAGGCGCCUGGCUAAGCCCAUGUCUGAGCGCGUGGCCGGCCGGGCAGCGCUGAAGCCGCCCAUGCUGGACUCCGGGGCAGAGGUGUCCGCCAGCACCACCUCCUCAGAGGCGGAGUCAGGGGCCCGCUCCGUCUCCAGCAUCGUGCGCCAGUGGAACCGCAAGAUCAACCACUUCCUGGGGGACCCCCCCACGCCCACUGUGAAUGGCACCCGGCCUGCCAGAAAGAAGUUCCAGAAGAAGGGGGCCGGCCAGAGCUUCAGCAAGGCGGCGCGGCUGAAGUGGCAGUCCCUGGAGCGGCGCAUCAUCGACAUCGUCAUGCAGAGGAUGACCAUCGUCAACCUGGAGGCCGACAUGGAGCGGCUCAUCAAGAAAAGGGAGGAGCUGUCGCUGCUGCUAGAGGCGCUGCGCAGGAAGCGGGAGCGCCUGCAGGCAGAGAGCCCGGAGGAGGAAAAGGGGCUGCCCGAGCUGGCCGAGGAGAUGGAGGUGCUGGCGGCCAACAUCGACUACAUCAACGACAGCAUCACCGACUGCCAGGCCACCAUCGUGCAGCUGGAGGAGACCAAGGAGGAGCUGGACUCCACAGACACAUCGGUGGUCAUCAGCUCCUGCUCCCUGGCUGAAGCCCGUCUCCUGUUGGACAACUUCCUCAAGGCAUCCAUCGACAAGGGGUUGCAAGUGGCCCAGAAGGAGGCCCAGAUCCGGCUGCUGGAGGGACGGCUGAGGCAGACAGACGUGACGGGCUCCUCCCAGAACCACCUGCUCCUGGACGCCCUACGGGAGAAGGCCGAGGCUCACCCCGAGCUGCAGGCCCUCAUCCACAAUGUGCAGCAGGAGAACGGCUACGCCAGCACCGAUGAGGAGAUCUCGGAGUUCUCUGAGGGGAGCUUCUCCCAGUCGUUCACCAUGAAAGGCUCCACCAGCCAUGAUGAUUUCAAGUUCAAGGGAGAGCCCAAGCUGUCCGCCCAGAUGAAGGCUGUCUCGGCCGAGUGCCUGGGCCCCCCGCUGGACAUCUCCACCAGGAACAUUACCAAGUCCCUGGCCUCCCUUGUUGAGAUCAAAGAGGACGCGGUGGGCUUCUCCAUCCGAGACCCCUAUUACCGGGACAAGGUCUCCCGCACCAUCAGCCUGCCCACCAGAGGCAGCACUUUCCCUCGGCAGUCUCGUGGAGUGGAGACAUCCCCUCUGACCCGCAGGAAGUCCUACGACCGAGGACAACCCAUUAGGUCUACAGACGUGGGAUUCACGCCCCCCUCAUCCCCUCCCACUCGGCCCCGUAAUGACCGAAACGUCUUCUCUCGUCUCACCAGUAAUCAGAGCCAGGGGUCGGCGCUGGACAAGUCUGAUGACAGCGACUCCUCUUUGUCGGAGGUCCUGAGGGGCACCAUCACCCCCGUUGGAGGAGCCAAGGGCGCUCGGACAGCCCCUCUGCAGUGUGUCUCCGUGGCCGAGGGCCACACCAAGCCCAUCCUCUGCCUGGACGCCACUGACGAGCUGCUAUUCACUGGCUCCAAAGAUCGCAGCUGUAAGAUGUGGAACUUGGUAACGGGCCAGGAGAUCGUGGCUCUCAAGGGCCACCCCAACAAUGUGGUGUCCAUCAAGUACUGCAGCCACUCGGGCCUUGUGUUCUCCGUGUCCACCUCUUACAUCAAGGUGUGGGACAUCCGGGACUCGGCCAAGUGCAUCCGCACCCUCACGUCCUCAGGCCAGGUAAUCUCAGGUGAUGCGUGUGCUGCCACGUCCACCCGCGCCAUCACCAGUGCUCAGGGGGAGCACCAGAUCAACCAGAUUGCCCUCAGCCCCUCGGGCACCAUGCUCUACGCUGCCUCGGGCAAUGCCGUCCGCAUCUGGGAGCUCAGCAGGUUCCAGCCCAUCGGCAAGCUGACAGGCCACAUCGGCCCGGUCAUGUGCCUCACGGUCAGCCAGACGUCCAGCCACCAUGACCUCGUGGUGACCGGCUCCAAGGACCACUAUGUAAAGAUGUUCGAGCUGGGCGAGUGUGUGACCGGCACCGUGGGCCCCACCCACAACUUCGAACCCCCACACUACGAUGGCAUCGAGUGUCUCGCCAUCCAGGGGGACAUCCUGUUUAGUGGCUCCCGAGACAACGGCAUCAAGAAGUGGGACCUGGAGCAUCAGGAACUCAUCCAGCAAAUCCCCAAUGCACACAAAGACUGGGUGUGCGCCCUGGCAUACGUCCCCGGCCGCCCCAUGCUGCUGAGCGCCUGCCGUGCGGGUGUCAUCAAAGUCUGGAACGUGGACAACUUCACGCCCCUUGGUGAGAUCAAGGGCCACGACAGCCCCAUCAACGCCAUCUGCACCAACUCCAAGCACAUCUUCACGGCCUCCAGUGACCUGACGGUGAAGUUCUGGACCGCCAGGCGCUUACCCGCUGGCCCACCCUAGGAGUGAGGGAUGGCCCAGCCCCUCGGCCCGGCAGCAUGGACAGCACGGAAGGGAAGCUGUGGCCUGGGCCAGACGGGGCCGGCUGCCCUCAGACAGAGGGUGUAGCCGUCCCCUCCUCCUCCCCCACUCCCUCCCCAUCCCACCACAGACCCUCCCCUGCUUCUUGGGGAGAGAGAGAGAAGUGGGGAAGGAAAUUAAGCUGUGAAGCCAAAGGGCAUUGCCCUCUCUUGUCUCUCUCAGGAGGCUCAGCCUCCCUCCCCCCACACUGGUGGGCCUUACUUUCUCCCAGGGCCUGGCUCUGAGGGGAGGGGCCCAGCCCUUGGGUGAGCUGGCCUCCACCCUGCCCUGCAACCCCCCAGGCCAGACUUGUGAACCACUGCACCUGCCUCUGAGCCCACAAAGACAGUCCUCAGGUAACCACGGAAACCAGGGGCAGGCAGCGCCCCUGCAGCUGACCCUCACCCCUAAGACCACCAAUAGCCAGUUCCCUUGGUCCCAGCCAUCCCUUGAGUCCCCAACUCAGUUUUUUGAAGGGACCAAGGUGGGGGUGGGGCACUAGGAAGGUUCCCUUGGGAGAGCCGGUCAGAAAUGCGCCAGUUAUUUAAUUUAUUGUUUUUAAUUUUUGUUUUUCUUGCUGUUGCCUCCUGGAAACUGACUUGAAGUUUCUUUCCACAUGUUCUUCCUCUCUGCAUUUGGGGGGCCAGGGGUUCCCCCCAAACCCAUCCAUGCCGCCUCCAUCUGCUCUGCAGAGGAGGGAAGCCCCCCCCCUUUGGCUCCCCGCAGCUCUGAUUAGUCCCCACAUUGCUGCCUCCCGGGGUGGGGGCAGGGGCAGGGGUGGAGGGGUGACCCUCCAGUGCACCCCUGGCCUCCAGGCUGCCCGAGGCUUUGUGCCUUUCCCGCCCUAGGCCUGGCGCCCAGACUGGGCAGCCUUACGCCACUGCACAGCGCCACACGUGGGCCACCACCCCUCCGUCCAGAGCCCCACCAGUGUCGUGUGGAAGCAGCAUGUUAGGCUGUGCCUCUAGGAAGCGACUUGGGGUGGGGAGGACACCCUGCCCCCUUGCCUCUCCCGACAUCAUCCCGCCUGCGCACCCUGCCUGCGGAAGGGUGGCGUUAGCCAGAUGUAGCACAGUCUUCCCACCAGCUGCUUCCACGGGUCAUCCCGAGCCACAUUGUCAAGCCUUAAAACCAGCGUGGGGCAAGGAGCCCCAGAGAGGAACUUCCUCCUUUUCCGCAGCUGGGACUCAGACCUGAGGGAGUCCUUGCUGUUCCAUCAGUGUUUGCGCAGCCCCCCACCCCCCCACUUCCGUGGGAUUGUGAGUUUACAGUAUUGAGGCCCCCCGCCUGUCCAUUCUGGACUUUUCCGUUGCUUAACUGGUCUUGAACCCCAAGUCCGUUCUCCGGAGGACACGGUGAUGCUUGGGUGCCUGGGUUUCCCUGUUCUCGGCCCCUUGCCCUCUUCAGCGCCGGGCAGGGUGGCCCCAGCAUGGAGGGUGAGUCCUGGUGGGGCAGGGCCCAGGAAGCCACCCUGGCUGGGAGAGGAAAGACCCCUGCCCCGACUCCUCUGUGCCCUCCUGGCUGCCCUGCUGGAGGAGGUGCUGAAGGACAGGGUUUACAGGACAGACGCCUCCUGGAAUACUGGUCUCCUGGAGCCCGGGACAGCUUAUCUGGGGUAGCAGAACUCCCUCGUCCAGACACGCCCCUUUCCAACCACCCCCAAAGUGAGCACAAGUCCCUUCCCCGUCCCCAUCGCUCCCAUCUGAACGGAAGGUUUUGACCUUGCACCCCCGUAGGAGAGACCGGCAGCAUGGCUGUUGACUUAGAAACCCAGCAGACUGUCCUGCCUCCCCCUGGCCGGGCACGCACGGGGCCACCAGGCCGGGCCCCGCGGCCCCGCGAGAGGUGCUCACCGCCAUUGCCUGCGCGCGCCAGCUACCUCACGGCGAGGACCACUGUCUCGGAAACUCGAAGUCCUCCGCGGCCCGCGCCCGCCACCCCUUCUUUCAGGGACGCCGGGGGUACGUAGUCAGGGGCAGGCCCCUGCUCUCCGCGUUGCACACACAUGCUAAGUGUGAGAAGCACAAAGUGGUUGUGAUCUGAGCACAAUGGCUGGGCUUGCACGGCCGACUCUAAGCCGCCAUCCCCGUUCUGGCACCUCUCCGACGACCGCUUACCUCGGAGCCCACGGAAGACUCCAGGCCGCGUCACGGCCGUGCGCUACUGCCUGGGAAUCGAGUCCUCCCUAUGCCCUGCGCCCCAAAUCUCUGAACACCCCAAGCCCAGCUCUCAGAACAGUUUCCUUAUGGAGCCUGAAGAGUGUAGCCCCAGGGCCCCUGUAUAUGAGCCGACCGGCCAGUCCUCUGCAUGGAAGGCAGCCCUCCCAGCCAGGACCCCAGGCUGAGCACCAACCCGUCGCUGUCGGCUUUUCUCCUGAUUCCUGCUCGCGCAGUCGCACACCCGGAGCUGCCAAGGAAAGAGGCGAGGCUCAGAGGGCAGGGUGCACGCCCAAGCCUUUGAGGUGGUCAGGGUGCCACCUUCUGCUCCUGGGAAGAAACAGCUGUGGAGGGGGCGGUCCAGCCUCCCCCUCAGCUUCCACCUAGCAUACCCUCCACCCAGCCUGGGGCGGGGCUGCGUGGGCAGAGGGCGGGUGAAGUAUUCCCACGGUAGCUAAGACUUCCUCACGUCACCCGGUGCACGGGUGCCACCAAUGCACAGACAGCUGCUGUGAGGUCGGGCACUUUGUGUCUCUAAGCUUGGCUCUCCUCCAUCCACAGGGACUUUCGUUAUGGGCCGGGGGCAGGCACAGCCCCCUUGGUGGUUCAAACUGAGCCUGUGCCUGGUAUGUUUACCCUCCAGUUGUGUGGGCUUGGUCGGCUGGCAGCAGGGAUGAGCUCCUCCCCAUGGCGUGGCCCAAACCCUGGCUGUCCCUGUGCCAUCCAAACAGGAAACGGCUCUUUUCUCUCCUCUUGGCCUAGCCUCUGGGUCAGGCUCAGGAGCCCGGGCUUGGCCAGUGCCCCCCACAGGCUUCCUGGGCCGGCCCCCCUCUCCUGGCUCCCAGAGCACUCUCUGCCCUCUUUUGUGCAGCAAUAGAAUUUGCAGGGAACAUUCUGUUUUUUGACUUUUUUCCCUAUGUCAUCUCCCCAUCCUCACCGCACCCCAACCCAGUCCUCUGAGCCCACAUCCUGACGGCCUGGCCAGAGUGGGAAGGUGGGAAUUGCUUCAUGAAGACCUGAGUUCAGAGAGGACCCCUGAAGUGCAUUGGGCCCUGCCCUGCCCACCAGCUCUUUUCUAGCUCUCCCCCCUGGCCAGGCUGCAGGGUUUUCUUGGGCUGAUGCUCCCCUGGGCAACAUGGCUAGCACAAGGUGUACAUAUACGUUUUGUACCUCGGCCGGCAACUGUACAUAGUGUAUGAACGUUAUUUAAGCCUCUUGCUGUAUAUUUCUGUUCCUAGGUUGGAUGUGUGCGUCCUAAGACGCUGUUCUAAAUAAAUAAAACACUUGAAUGAC